AUGGGGAAUACAUCUGUGGGGACUGGAGGCUUCGACGUGGCUCAUACAUCCUCUGAGAACUCUGCAGAAGACCUAGGCACCAAAGAAACUGGUAUUUCCAAAACUGAGCCCUCUGUAAUAGAGUCCUCUGAAACGGAGACCUCAGAAACAGAGCCCUCUGAACCGGAGCCCUUUGAUGCGGAGCCAAAGAAGGCAAAGUUGCUGAGGCAAGUGCACACAGGCCUGAGUCUCUCCCACAAGGUGGUGAACGUCAUGGAUUCGUUUGUGAAGGAUAUUUUUGAGUGGAUAGCCGAAGAGGCCGGGUGCCUGGCCAUCUCCAACAAUCACUGCACCAUCACGAGUGGAGAGAUCCAGACAGCUGUGUGUCUUCUCUUGCCUGGGGAGAUCUGCAAGUAUGCCAUGUCUGAGGCCACCAACUCAGUCAUCAGAUACAACUGCUGCAGAUGA